AUGCCUCACGCCGACUCCUCCUACUUCGCGCCAGGCCUAAGCAAGGCUGACGUCUACACACAACUCCUGGAGCAAACACAAGGUCUACUGGACGGCCAACGGAAUUGGGUCAGCAACCUCUCCAACGUCGCAUCCCUCCUCUGGCACGCCUACGCCUCCAUCCCGGCGCCCUCCUCCUCUGUCAACUGGGCCGGCUUCUACGUCCGCGAUGAUAAAUUCCCCGCCCUGGCUUCGCCCGUCUCGUCCCCGCCAUUGUCAGGAGCGCCCGGCACUGGCGUGACCAUCUCGACCACAUACUCCUCAUCGGAGAACCAGAUUCUGCUCCUAGGCCCCUUCAUGGGUAAGCCUGCUUGCCAGGAGAUUCGCUUUGGGAGGGGUGUGUGUGGCACCGCCGCUGCAAAGGGGGAGACUGUUGUUGUGCCGGAUGUGCUUAAGUUCCCUGGGCAUAUUGCAUGCGACGCUGAGAGUCGGAGUGAGAUUGUUGUGCCGAUUUUGGUUCGGGGAGAGACUGUCGCUAUUAUUGACAUCGAUUGCACCGAGCCCUCCGGCUUUGACGAGGAAGAUAAAAAGUACCUUGAGCAGCUGGCUACUUUCUUGAGCGACAACUGCGAUUGGUAA